AGCUGCAGGAUUCAACGAUUUGCACUCCACCUGACGUUGCUUUGCCCGCAACUUUUGCUUGUCACGACGGAGGCCCGCCAGAUCCAGGUUCCUGGGCGACCUCCUCCAUUCCGGCCCUCUCGUCCUUCCAUCUCCGGCCCGUUCCUCGUCGGCGCACGAGCACCCAAGGUCCCCGGACUGCGUUCACCUCUGCUCUCCUUUUUCUUCUCCUGUUCGACAACUGUGGCGUCCGCCGCUGACGCCGUAAGCUAGGUGCCCAGGUCUUCGCCGGCGACGAGCACCCGCCACUCCACCAGGGGAUGCCCCGGGCUUAAUUGAAUGGGCUCUCUUCUCACCAGGACUGGCGCAUGGCUCCAGGCCAAGAUUUUUGAUCCCGUGCUGCAGGUCAUCAGAAGGGGAGCAGAACCCAAGGAACUGGCCUUCUCUGCUGCCCUUGGUGUCACGAUUGGGAUCUUUCCAAUAUGUGGGACCACUGUUAUUCUUGGCGCUGUUGCUGUAGCAAUGUUGGGAAGUCGUUGCAAUGCUGUUACUGUUAUGGUUCUAAAUUUGGCCGCCACUCCAAUUGAGCUAAGCUUGAUCAUCCCUUUCUUGCGCUUGGGGGAAACCAUCACUGGCAGUGGCCACUUCGCCUUGACGGCCGACGCAUUGAAGAAUGUCCUCACUGGUCAUGCCUCAAAGGAUGUGCUACUGAGCAUCGUCCGUGCGAUGCUGGGUUGGCUCGUUGCUGCACCAUUUGUACUGGCCGUGCUAUACGUUAUUUCGUUCCCUUGUUUCAAGGUUCUGGUCAACAGGUUUGGCGGCAUUCCUUCGAGCCCCAGGACCCCAAUCAAGGCGGUGUAGCUAGUGUGGCAUGCUGAAUGCUCCUGAAAUUGUGUACACCAAAUUCUUUGUGAUGCCGUCGGGUUGAGAUGGGUUCCAGCAUCAUGUUGCUCGGCCAUCCCAGGCACUGGCGAAUAAAUACGACUUGAGAGGCAUGUGUCCUCUGUAAUUCUGUAUGCUGACUUGAUAAUCAUAUAGUGGGAUGUGUAUUUAUGAAUUUAUUUACAGUCUUCAAAUAAAGCUACGAAGUACAAAGGGCACGGACCACUGUGCCGGCCUUCCCAUUGUACGGCA